CCUUAAAGUCUCUUUGUACAGUAUUAUAUACACUCAUCUUUAAAAAAAUCCAACAACGUUAAUAAUUAUUUAAACUGGCAAAACUUGGGAAAAAUAUAAUUUCUGAACGUUUCUCUAAAUGUCAAAAUUGACGUUACUUUGUUGUCACUGCUAAUUUCAAAUCAGUUGUGAAUAAUAACCGACAUGGUGCGCCCGACAAUUUUUGCUAAGGUAAGUUCUGAUUAUUUUUAUUGUUUAUAAUUAUUAUUGGUUCAUGUUUGAGCGAUAAAAUGUGUAGCUAAUUCUAUAUUCUAUUGAAUAUAUGUGUGUAUUAUGCAUGGGACUGUGUUUUUGAAAUAUUUUUUUUCUUGUUUAUUUGGACGUAUAGGAUACUAUACAUUGCUACCGAAGCGCAAAUCUAAUGAUUAGUUGUUGUGUAUAGAAUAGUAUACAAUGCUACUUGCCCUGUAAGAAUUAUAUUGCGUAUAUUUACUAAAAACACUAUCAAUAUUUUGACAUUAGCUUUCACCUGCGGGUUCGCUCGCAUCAAUGACAAUAUUUCAUGAACAGUACUUUUUUCUGGCAUCCUUUUUACUAAUAUUUUUUUCUAACAUUAGUAUAGACAGAGACUAUCUUCUUAAAAUGUGAAUGGUUUUUUUGGCUUGUGGUUAUGGUUUGCCUGCAUGUUCGUUUUGCUUUGUUUUAGACUGCUUCGAGUGAAAGAACUAGGCGUAUCAUAGCCUUGGUUCCUGAUAGAAAUGCUGCUUCAGACGUCAGCGAUGACUCAAGUAGCAAUGAUGAAGUUAAAACACCGUAUAGUUCGCCAGCACCAUCCUUAGAUUCUUCAUUAGAGAAUUUGAACAUUUCAGAGAGCUCUGACGCUGAAGAAGAGACAGAGACGCCUGUAGAAGAAUCAUUGAAUUAUCAAUUAGAAACUUCUAAAAAUCUUUUGAAUAAUAGUGUUCCACUCGAAGCUCCUUUAACACCUAUUUUGAAUGAAGUUUUCCCUAGUCCUAAUAACUGUAACUACAAUGCUUUGCCUUCGAUUUCAUCAAUACAAUCAAUACCAUCUGUUCAACCAUCACCAUCCACUCCUACAUAUUCAAGAGCUACUCGUGCACAAAGAAAACGCGCUGCACCUUUUGUUCUUACUCAAAAAGUAAAAAAAGCUCGUAUCAAAAAAAAUAAUUUGAAUUUUCGCUGGAAGAAUGUACAAUUCGCUCAUCGAGCUACGAUAGUUGAUAAUAGUUUUCAAGAACAGGUUCCGCAUGAUUGGUCCCCUUCAGAUUAUUUUUAUCGUUUUUUUUCAAAAGAGCUGAUUACCACCAUUACUGAGAAUACCAACUUAUAUAGUGUUCAAGAGACGGGUAAAUCUAUCAAAGUUACAGAAUGUGAAAUAUUAGAUUUUCUUGCUAUAAAUAUUUUAAUGGGUAUUGUAAUUAUGCCUUCCUAUAAAGAUUACUGGAGUACAUCCUACCGUUAUGCUAAAAUUGCAGAUAUAAUGUCACUAAAAAGAUUCCAGCAAGUUAGAAGAUUUAUACAUUUUAUAGAUAAUACCCAAGCUGAUUUGUCUGAUAGAUAUUACAAACUACGACCUUUGAUUGACAGUAUUCGAAACCAAUGUUUGUCUGUAGAAGAAGAAAAUGCUUUCAGCAUCGACGAAAUGGUCAUUCCAUACAAAGGUAAGAAGGCAGGUAGUCGUCGGCAGUACAACCCAAACAAACCAAACAAGUGGGGUUUUAAAAACCUGGUGAGAGCUGGAGUAUCUGGUAUCAUUUACGACUUUAUGCUUUACGGAGGGGAUGAUACCUUCAGAGGCAUACACUUUACAGAAGAGGAAGAAAGUUUGGGAAUAGGUAGUAAAGUGGUCAUAGCGCUUUGUAAAACAGUGAAGAAGAAGGCUAGUACUAUUUAUUUUGACAAUUAUUUCACAUCUUUGGAGUUGGUUUAUAUAUUACGGGAGAAUUAUGGAUUAUUUAGCUUGGGAACCGUUCGUCAAAAUAGAUUGAAAGAUGCUGGGAAUAAAUUGGUUUCAGAGAAGAUUUUGAAAAAGAAAGGAAGAGGGUCGUUUUCGCAAGUAGUCUGCAAUGAAAAUAAGAUAAGUGUGGUGAAGUGGUUUGAUAAUAAACAAGUAACGCUAGUAAGUUCCUAUACAGAUGCAUAUCCAUUGGAAAAAAUUAAAAGAUUUUGUAAAGAAUCAAAGGGGCAGGUUGAUGUCACCUGUCCGCAAAUCGUCAAGCAUUAUAAUCGCCAUAUGGGUGGCGUAGACUUGGCUGACAUGUUAAUUUCUUUGUAUCGUACUGGAAUAAAGUCACAUAGGUGGUACAUGAAUAUUUUUUCACAACUCUUAGAUAUCUGUAUCAAUAAUGCUUGGCUGUUGCGGCGUAGACAUAAUAAAAUGAAACAUACAGUACCAUUGAAAGAUGGUUUGAAGAAAUUUCGGUAUGAGGUUUAUGCUGGUCUCUUGAAAAGGGAUAGAACUGCUGCAGUAACGCAAACUGAAUCGGUUUCUGAAAAUAAAAAAAUAAAGAAACCCGUUGCAGAAAGACCACCUGAUGAAGUGCGCUUUGAUAAAUUUGACCACUGGCCUCAAUUAUCCGGAUAUCAGCGAUGCAAAUAUUGUAAAACCGGUCAGGCUAGUACACUAUGUACAAAAUGCAAUGUACAUCUGUGCUAUGUCAAAAAUAGAAAUUGUUUUUUGGCCUACCAUGUAAAACAAUGAAAAGCAUAAUGUAUAGUAUACUAUACAUUGCUAAUUAGUUAUUGUUGUGUGGAAACGUGGCAAUGUAUAGUAAAAUAUACAUAUGUUUUUUUCCAAACUAAGCAAAAAAAAAUUUUUUUACUAUUUUUUCUAAGAUGUUCUUUUUAAUAAUAAACUAUUACAUACAUUUUUUUUGUUUUUUUUUCACAACAACCAACUUGCGACUUUAAG